UUAGGAAUCAGAGCUACAGUGGAUAAUAUAUUGCCAGGAACAGGAACCCAAUGAUGGCCCGGUACCCACACAUUUCCACGGCCAUAUAAAAAGGCCAACACAGAUGUUCUAUUGUUUGCUGAGGACUGAGAAGAAGUGAGAAUUUACUGUAAUCAGUCUGGAGCGUUUCUAUGGUGAGGAGGACAUUCGACCAUUAAGUUUGUUUCAGCAAAUACAGGAAGGACAGCAAUGGCAGUCCUGGGGGCCACCCUUUGUGCUGUCCUCAUGGUGACUCUAGUGACAGCUAAACCAGUCUGUCUGAAAGAAAGUGACGAUUCACCCAAGUCAUCAGAGUCCAGUGAAUCCAGUUCAUCAGAAGAGACCACCACUAAUGGUAGGUCUUCACAGGAAACCCCGCAAUCAAACACGCCGGAUGCUACAGAGAACAACCCCCUGGAUGCAGCACCGCUUCCCUCUGCAGAUGCAGGGGCUUCUCUGGCCACUUCUCCUGAAGACCCACAAACCUCUGCUGACGCAGAUGCUUUACAACCUGUGCCAGAUCCGUCUCACACUGGGAUGAGUGUUGAUGUUUCUUUAGAUGUGCCCAAUUCUGGUCCCACAAAGGACUCUGUUAACGCUGUUGACCCUACCCACAUUCUACCCAACGCAGACGCCCCGCAUCCUUCAGGGCUUUCAGAGACUGGUGUAGUCAUAGGUACAAUUCAACCACAAGUCAUUACCACAUACCAAGGAUCCACCCAGGGUGUCACUCCACCCUUUCCUACAUGUGUCAUCCAACCAACACCUACAGCAUUCUCCACAGCCCCACCACUGGUACUCCCUAUUGGAACAAAACUAGAUGGUGGUCCUGUCUGUUUCACUUUCCAGGUCACAACCGCUGAGCCAGAUCCACCCAGAGGAGACAGCAUUUGAUCCCCAACAGAACACAGAAAUUGUUGUUCAUUUAAAUUUUAGUUUAGCCUAGGUGACCAGGUCAGACCACAUUAGGGCUGUACAUAUACACAACCUUGACUUGAUACUUAUAUAGAUGAACUACACUUGGCUUUUAAGUUGUCACUUUUCCCUCAACACUGGCAAAUGGGGAAAAAAUGGUGCUAAUGUAUGCUGUAUAUAUACAAUAAACACAUCGAAAGCUGUUGCAAUAACAAAAGUACAGUCACAAUAAAUUAAUUAAUAAACAGCUGAAAAUUAAA